AUGAAGUUCACCGAUGGUCUAUGGUUACUCCGUGAAGGGGUCAAGCCAGCUUUUGGUUUAUCGGUAGUGAAGGAGGAUAGAAGGGAUGACACACUCAAUCUUCAAGUCGCAACUCGACCUAUCCGCCACCGUGGUGACACUCUCGGAGGUCCCGUACUGGACGUCCAGCUAACAUCGCCAGCUGAGGGUAUCAUUGGCGUGAAUAUUACCCAUUUUGCUGGGCAGAAGAAAAAAGGCCCAGAGUUUGAGCUCUUUCCCGACGGUGCGCCAACUAAGCCGAAUAUUCAAAUCACCAAGUCCGAAACGGGAACCAGCUUUACAUCUGGAGGUCUAACUGCACGCGUUGCAACUCAGGCGGUUACAAUGAAUGGGAUUGCUACGAAUUCGUACUAUAUCGACUUCCUUGGGAAGGAUGGACGCCUUUUGACCUCUGCUGGGCCCAAAUCUCAAGCAGUCGUCGAUAUACCCUACAAAUUCACGAUCGGUAGCGCGGCAAAUACAUCAUGCAUGACUACCGAUAGGUCUUCGAAUCCGAAUCCUCCACCACCUCCAGAGUAUGUGAGGUAUAUUCUGUCUGAGCUCACACUUUCCGCCGGUGAGCUGGUAUAUGGGAUGGGAGAGCAGUUUGGUGGAUAUAUAAAAAACGGACAAGUUAUUAGCGUCUGGAACCGUGACGGGGGUACAAGCUCUGAACAGGCAUAUAAAUGUGUACCCUUCUACAUCACGUCAAAGGGAUACGGUGUUUUCAUCAACCACCCUGGCGAGGUUGAGUUCGAAGUUGGAAGCGAAAAAGCCAGCCGAGUUGGGACUUCUGUAGCAGGCGAACAGCUCCAGUAUUAUGUUAUUUAUGGACCAACGCCACUGGAGGUUCUCGAGAAAUACACUCUCCUUACUGGCCGACCCGGCGGGUUUUUGACUGGAAUGAAAGAACGCAACUGCGAUGUUUCCGUCUUCCAUUUGGAUUGCUUCUGGAUGGCACAAUAUGAAUGGACUUCAUUUACCUUCGAUCCUGAUAAUUUCCCUAAUCCAAAGGAGUAUUUGGCUUCUCUCAAAAAACAAUUUGGCGUGAAAAUUUGUGUUUGGAGUAAUCAACCCAUAUAUCAGUCAAUUCGCAUCCACUUUAAUGAGGGGGUUGAGGGAGAUUACUUAAUUAAACGGACCAAUGGUGAUGUCUGGCAAUGGAACCUCUGGCAGCCAGGGCUUGCGAUCGUUGACGUUACGAACCCUGCUGCGCGAGAAUGGUAUAAAAACAAACUGCGGACACUUCUUGACCUAGGAGUAGACGCAUUCAAGACCGAUUUUGGAGAGCGUAUUCCACAUGCAAACGUUCAAUAUCACGAUGGAUCUGACCCAUACAGGAUGCACAAUGCAUAUGCACAGAUAUACAAUAAACUAGUAUUCGAGGUUCUUGAAGAAAGAUUUGGUAAAGAUGAGGCAUGCGUAUUUGCUCGUUCUGCGACGGCCGGAGGUCAAAGAUUCCCAGUUCAUUGGGGAGGCGAUUGUGAGAGUACUUGGGAGGCCAUGGCAGAGACGCUCCGAGGAGGAUUGAGUUUGACCUUGUCAGGAUUUGGCUUCACAUCCCAUGAUAUUGGUGGAUUCGAGGGCCAUCCCCCUGCCGAAAUCUAUAUGCGCUGGCUUGCAUUUGGUCUCUUCUCUUCUCAUUCGCGACUCCACGGAUCUAGCAGCUAUCGUGUCCCGUGGAAUUAUGGGGAAGAAGCGUCGAAAGUUUUAGCCAAGUUCCUGGAUGCUAAGCAUAGAUUGAUGCCUUAUCUAUAUGCCGCGGCUAUCGAAGCACAUGAGACUGGCCAUCCCGUGCAACGUGCUACCUUCCUCGAAUUUCCGAACGACCGGACAUCAUACUUCCUGGAUGCCCAAUACUUCCUUGGGCACUCACUACUCGUUAUUCCAGUCUUCGCACCUGACACGGAGGAAAUUGAAUUCUACGUUCCUACUGGGCGAUGGACACCGCUCUUUGGGUCCACCAAAGUCAUUACAGGCCCUGCAUGGGUGCGUGCGAAGGUCCCAUACGAUGAGAUUCCGGUGCUCGUCAGGCAAGGUACUAUUCUUGCUCUGGGGAAACCCGACCUCAAGCGGGCAAAUUAUCAGCUCAACAAAGAACUCGAGAUCAGAGUUUAUGAACUUGCCGAUGGGAGACUUCUGAGGCUAUUAUCCCAACUGGCAAGCGCACCGAAAAGGGAGCCACGAUUCAGGCAACACGGUCCGGCAAGGAUGUUAAGAUUAGCGUUAUUAGUGGUUCAUUGA